UUAAAAUUCUCGCGUCCACUCCACAGUCUGCUGCAGCCCCACUCGACACGCUCUACCCACGCCUUAGCCACUAAAAGCCAGCCAGCUAGUCAAGAGCCAUGUCGGCCGCCAGCACCGAGACGAGCGCCCCGCCGCUGCCCUCCGCAGCCAGCCGCGUGUUCUUCCAGGCUGCGCCCGGCGUGGGCUGCGCCGGCUCGGCCCCGCUCGGCGGCGGCGGCGGCGGCUCCGACGACCCGGUGCAGAAGCGGCAGGGCAAAGUGACCGUCAAGUACGACCGCAAGGAGCUGCGGAAGCGGCUGGUGCUGGAGGAGUGGAUCAUCGAGCAGCUCAGCGACCUGUACGACUGCGAGGAGGAAGAGAUGCCCGAGGUUGAGAUAGACAUCGACGACCUUUUGGAGGUGAACAGUGACGACGAGAGGGCCAUCAAACUGCAGGAGUCAUUAAUAGACUGUUACAAACCAACAGAGGAUUUUGUCCGCGAGUUGCUGGGCAGGAUAAGAGGAAUGAGGAAGCUCAGUGCUCCGUCAAAGAAGGGUCUAUAAUGUCGGGGACCCUGACAUCGCCUCAUCCGCACAGCUACUUCAGUAACUCAUCCGAACACAAGCCGCAUCACUUCCUCAACCAUCCAUGCAUACCACUCGCUCGCUACACACACAAUGACAAGGAUAGUGUAUACAUUGCUGGACUGUUAAAAGGGUACGUAGCAAACAGCGUCGCCUACCUUUCAGAUUUGCUCGUUUUGAGCUCCUGACAGCCAUUGAAAUGAAAAAUCUCAACGACAACAAAAACAAGGGAGGAUCUUCGUCUGUACUGCAUUUGCUGUGUAAUUAGCUAUAGCACUAUGUAAAAACAGUGCUUCAUUAUUUUAUUAUUAUUAUUUUUUUUACUGAGGUGUUCUGUUGUUACUGCCAUUUAUUGUUCAUGUGAAAGUGUCAGUCUUUUUCUGCUCAUAAUCCUUACGCUGUAACUUAUUCUUGCUUGCAUAAUGUAAAUGAGUUUUUAAUUUAAUACAUAGUUAGGAUGAAAGGGGAUUUAUUUUUAGCCAUUUAAAAUAUGUGAGGAUGUCUAUAUUUACCCACCAUUUUAGUGUGCUUUUCAGCGCAGCAAGGCAUGAUGGGUAUUGUAGUUCCCUACUACAAACCUGAUGAUUGGUGGCCUUCGCUCAUGUUUGACCCAUUUUUUUUCAACACAUAUCAGUUGGCAAUUUAGUUUGAAGUCCAAAUAUUUAGUCAUUGUCAGUGAUGAGGGCUUGCCUUUUAAGGACUUUCAGGAUGUUGUAUGACUAUUUCUCAGCACUGAACCUUAACAAUACCAACAACCUAAAGAAAAAUAGUCUGGACAACUUGAAAUAUUUAUGCUUGCCAAAUGUAAAUUAGAAAUGUCAAACAGCAGGACAGUCUCAGAGUUAUCAGGCAGGCACGGUACAUUUUAAGAUAUUUAAACAUAAAAGGUGACUUUUAUGGCAACUCUUGUUGUGUUAAAGUUGCAGAAUUGCAAGUUUAAGAGGCGGAUUGUUGAUUUAUUUACACCAGUAAAGCUGUGCAGUUACAAUCAAGACCCACUUACAAUAACAAGCAUUCAGUCAUGAAUAAAUAAAUCACGAUGGACAAAAUCCUCCUCAGCUGCCAAAGACACUCAAGCAGGGUGACGGUUGAUUUUUCUUUUGAGCACAAAGUACCCGUCUUGCAUGCUAACAACAAGUAAACACUGACAGAGUAUAGAUAUAAGUAACUUAUAAUCCAAAAUUUUUAACUUAGCUUCUUAACUUUAUAGAACUUUUAUUUAGAAUUGACGUGACUUAACACGUCAGAGAGAAUCCAGGAGAACUUGUGGGAAAAAAUGGUGCUGUUUUUGAUGUCCUGCCCAGGUUGUGGCUGUAUUAAAAAAGUGUUUUCACUGUGUAACGUCGGACUAAAAUGUCACACGUUGCCUGCAAUGGCGUUGUCGGGAGGACUCCUUUUGCAGGAGAGUGCAAUGCUUCCGGGUUUCGUGCUGAGCCACUUUUAGGAUUUUGUUCCCCUCUACUGAGAAGCAGUUCAGGGGCAAUAGGUUAAUAUUUUAUAAUUUAUGGGGAAAUAUUUUAAAAGUGUCAAUAUAGGAAGGCUUUGCAUGUAUUUUUAAAGUAGGAUGUGGAGGGUGGGAGUGGACAACGGGGAACAUUUGUUGGCCCAGAGAUUUUUAUUUCACGUUCCUUUUUAUACUUUUUAUUAAAAUUACAUUUUUUUUCAGCUGCUGUUUUUCUUCUUCUGUACGUCCACAAUAAGCAAUCUUGUUUUUAAAAAAUGUAAUGUGUAAGGUGUGUGUGGUCUGUUUUUUCUUGCGUAUAAUAAAAUGCAGACAACUCUGUGCUGUUUUAAGAAA